CCAGCUCAGAGCCGCGCUGUGCCCACAGUUUAACCCGGAUCAGUGCCGUGAAUAGUGGACCACCUGUCGGACCAGAACAUGUGGUUUUAAACGGAUUUAGAGAGAUGUGAUAGCAGCGGGAACUGAUGCAGCUGUGUGAUGGGAGAGUCAGCCGAGCAGGAUGGGCAACAAGCAGACAACCUUCACCGAUGAGCAGCUGGAGGCGUUUCAGGACUGCACCUUCUUCACCAGAAAAGAGAUCUUGCGGUUACAUGGCAGAUUUCGAGAGCUGGCUCCACAUUUAGUGCCGCUGGAUUACACCAACAAUCCCGACAUCAGAGUUCCUCUGACGCUCAUCGUCACCAUGCCUGAGCUGAAGGAGAACCCAUUCAGAGACAGAAUAGUGGAGACGUUCUCAGAGGACGGGCAGGGGAACCUCAGCUUCAACGACUUUGUUGACAUGUUUUCUGCUCUCUGUGAAACUUCACCCAGAGAGCUUAAGACCAUUUACGCCUUCAAGAUCUACGACUAUAACAGGGACAACUUCAUCUGUAAGGAGGACAUGACGAAGACCCUGAACAAGCUGACCAAAGGAGAGCUGACUCCAGAGGAGGUCACGCUGGUGUGCGAUAAAGCCAUCGAAGAGGCUGACCUCGAUGGAGACAGCAAGCUCUCUUUUGCGGACUUCGAGAACAUGAUCUCAAAGGCUCCCGAUUUCCUGAGUAACUUCCACAUACGAAUAUGAGACAACACUGAGAUCCUGCCAUGGACAGACGUCUCACUCUGAUCGUCUCCUGCUCUCACUGGUCUCCAUUCUCCAGACUCCACCUCCACCUGAACCUCAGACACCACGUCGACUCAGUGCCUGUCCUUUCUAUCGUCGGUGGAGAGUCUUUUUCUCCAGCAGAACCUGAGACCUGAAGCAGAGUCCAGUCCGGACUCUAAGAAGCACAGGCAUUUUCUUGCCAACUCACAAAGAGAUGGAAGUUGUUCCUGCAUGAAACCUUUCUCUUAAUUUAUUUAUACUGACGAGAAGGACUGAUAACCAAGAUGGGGCUAAUUUUAUACCAAGAGGGCUUCUCUGCAGCUCUGAUUCUCCUAUGGAUGGUUUCACUCUCCUUAGCCACCUGUGGAGACACUGCAGAGCAAAGGGAACAGGGCUUUUUUGACUUCAGUGCUUUGCAGAGAGGCCAGAUCCACUGACUGGAUUCUUUUAAACAAGCACAGUUUUAAAGGGCAAAACAGUGAAGAGCUAUGCAAUCUUUCUUUGUGAAGUGCAUGUUGUAAAUGCUUCUAGCUGUGGUUAAUUUGUACACCUUGUGUAG